AUGCGUCAUGUCCGCGAACGCGGUACAGCCUCGGAUGACGCAGAGAUUGCCACCAGUCACUUUGCUCAUCCGCCCUCAAAGAUGAAAGAUAUCGCUGACCUCAACAGCAUCUCGGUCGGCGGCGGUGGAAGCGGGGAUGAGAAAAGACCAACCGCCAUUGCCAAUGGCAAGUCAGGUUGCUCGCGCCGCCACGUUGAGGUCAUCUUCCACCCGGAGCUGCGCCACACGAAGGAGGUGAUUCGGCGCCCAGAGUGGGUGCGCCGCGCUGGUGAAUGUGUCGCCCAUCGCGGUACCCUCAGCACUGUCGCGCUCUUCGGUAUUAUGUUCGCCAACUGCGUUGGCGGUGGUUACGGCUUUGAGGAUGGCAUUGGGUCAGCGGGCCCCCUCAUCACGCUUGUUGUGUGUAGUGUCUUGCCGUGGAUGUGGGCCUUUCCUACCGGAUUGGCUGUUGCUGAGCUGUCCACGGCUGUACCGAGCAACUCGGGGGUGCUGAUGUGGACAAACGCGGCGUUCCCGCCCUUCAUGUCAUUCCUGUGCAUUCUGGCAACCAUCUUCAUCACAUUCAUUGGCAAUGCCACGUACCCGAACCUCACAGCCGAGUACGCGCAGCAGCUGGGAAGCCUCAAGGUCGCCCCGGUGGCGGGUGUGAAGGUGGGCGUGGUGGUGCUCUGCUGCAUCCUCAACUGCGUUGGCGUCGAGAUCGUCGGCAACUCCUCCAUCGUUCUCUGCUGCAUCACCAUUUUGCCCUUCACGCUGCUGACCCUCAUCCAACUCUUCUCCAGGGGCUUCAACAAGGCGGUGCUGCAUGUGGAUGUGAAGAGCGUGAGAUGGGCAGACUUCUUCUCCAUCAUUAGCUGGAACUACGCCAACAUUGAAAACGCUGGCGCGGUCGUCGAGGAAGUUGCCAACCCACGCAAGGCCUUUCCAAAGGCAAUGGUGUUGCUUAUGCUGAGCACGUACGCCGGCUACGUUAUGCCGAUGCUCGCUGGCGUGAGCGCCAUGGGUGUUGCUCAGGACUACUCACAGUGGCAGGCGGGGCACUGGCCUGAGGUGGCGAAGGUGAUAGCCGGUGACUGGCUCAAGUACAUGUUGUUCGCCGGCGCCCUGCUCAGCGGCGUCGGCUUCACCCUGACCAGCAUGUGCUGCACGAGCCGGCUGCUGGCUGGCAUGGGCACCAUGCAGAUGUUCCCUAAAAAAAUGUCGAGGGUGAUCGGCUACUACCACCCACGCCUCGGUACCCCUAUCCCGGCCAUCCUCAUCAACUCUGCCGUCACCCUCAUCUUCAGCGUGGGCAUGGACUUCACCAGCGUCGUAUCGCUGUGUCAGUCCAUCUACUGCCUCCGCAUGCUGCUCAUCUACGCGUCGCUCAUCAAGUUGCGCGUUGACUAUCCAAACCUGCCACGACCCUACGCGCUGCCCUUCAAUACAUGGCAGACGGCACUGGUACUUUUGCCUGCAGCGCUCUUCUCGCUGAUGGCCUCGAUCGUGUCUGCUAUGACCUCCCUCGGCAUCGGCGUGGCGCUUGUCAGCUUCAUCGUCAUUGGCAGCGGAGUGUCGUGGCUGUACUGCCGCAUCUUUGCCCCCAACGGCUUUCAAGGCGUCAUUGUGCAGUGCGAAGUGUCCUCAGGUGACGACGCGGAGGUCGGCGCGGCCGACGGCGCCAACGACGGCUCGCUGAGCGAGGGCAUCUUCUACGCGGAUGACGAGCGCAACGGCGGCACACCAGUUGACGACCUUCUGCUCGGUAUUCUGCCGUUGCCUCUGGCUACACCCAGGGCAGCCGCAUCGUCCACUUUGCUGCGAGGCAACGAAGGAGGUCCCAGGCAGUCGCGUGUGCAGCGUGGAACGUGCCAUCUCGACGCUGUCGGUAAUCGCGCUGGGGAAGAGAUGAUUGGCGUCGAGUACGCAGUGCAGGAUAGCGCCAGCACGGACAUCUUGUUUCUGAACAACAGUGCCGCAGAGCAUGCACUGGGGAGCGGCACCACCGGCUGCCCGCCAGCCUGCAGCCCCCCUACCUACGAGGUCCCUCACGGGGCUGAGACGACCAUGCGUUAUCGCCGCUGUGCCCGCAGCCUCGGCGCUGGUGCGGCCAACAGCGGCAAUCAUGGCCCGACUUUGAGUGGCGAGGAAAGCGGCGAAGAGGCCGAUAUCGCCUCGGUGGAGCGCAUCGGUGUCGGCUUCACAUUGUCCCCUGCAGGUCUGUCUGCGCAGAUGCUGUCAACAUCGCCGCCGUCGCAGCUGACGUUAAACCCACAGUAA